AUGGCCGCCCACAACCGUUUCCCGGUGCUAUGGCAAUUCGCGAAGAUUCUGCUCACAAUCCAUGCCGAUAGGCUACCCAUUGUUAGAUGGAACGAGGAUUCUUUCGUUUUCGUCUCAUCGGCAGAAUUUCAAGUGCUCUCCCGCGCUGCCUUAAAUCUGAACAUCGACAAUAGCCCUCAAAAAGUUGUAUCUUGCUUCACUUCCCCUCGAUCCCAAUGUACAGGAUACGGGAUAUCACAGCACUUCGAAGCGAGGGCCUCCACGCACUUUGUUCAGAAAAAUCUUGGAGGCAUGGUAUCACUAUCGAGGAUAGCUGGUCGUCGAACAUACAUGAAGUACGGCUUGGGACGGGUGGACAGAAUCCUGACCAGAAGGUGUCAGGGUUCCGAAUAUACGAUAAAAGGCAUCUUCGAUUACGAUAAAGGCGUGGUAUCGACCCAUGGCAAGAAAGAGCAAGAAGAAGCUCCUUGGAAGUGCUACGUACUCCCUAGUCUAAAACUGAAGUCUUACUCGUCCCUCAGCGUAACAACAUCAACACCAAGUCAUCCUCAUCACCUAUCAUAUUCAUCCGCUUUAAAGCCCGUCACCAGCACCUCCACAACACACAACCUCCAACUCUCCCCAGCAGCAGAUGCCAUGCAAUCCCUACCUCCUUCGCCUGAUUCGAACCACCUCAGCCCAAACAUCCUCGGCCCCUCGAUGACCCCCAGCAGCGGUAGCAGACGCAGCACUCCCCGUGGAGCGUACGACGAUAUCUUCGAACUUCUUCUUUCUCCUCCCCUAGCACAGAGAUAUAGACGACCCUCUCCCAGAGUUCAAUCCUGCGAACGUCUCGUAUCGGCUUUUACGAUCUACAGGGAACUCAAGUGUGCGAGACUCGACAAGGAUGUCGAGCUAGUUUUUAGAAAGAAGCAGGAGGAAUGGACUUAUGUUGCUGGUUUACACGCAGUAUUCAUCGCCAUAAACACCGCCGUCUUGGAUAUCACCCCCGAUUCCCAAUUCGCCAUGUCUUCCCCCGUCCGACUAGCCAUAGCACGACCCCUGGCCUCGGCCUGGUCUGUGAUGUCUGGUUCAUCAGUCGAUACCACUUCACCCCUACCUCGACGCUCACCCUAUGGCUGCUGGAUUUUUUCGGGACCUAUUUCUUUGCAUUCUCCGCGAGGACACCGAUGA